AUGACGGACACCUCUUGGACCACCAAGACCGCCGCAGCGCAGGACACGAGGCCCGUCAGCUCGGCGGUCCACACCGGCUACGAUGCCGCCGAGAAGACGGAGGACGGCAUUCCGCUGUACGGCAUGGACAAAGAGCUCGCCGCCAAGGCGGCUGCCAAGCGCGAUCCGAAGAAGGAGCAGGAGGCACGUGAGUGGAUCGAGGCGCUGACUGGCAUGUCCCUCGAUGGUACGCUGCAGGAGGCUCUCAAGUCGGGCAUCGUGCUCUGCGCUCUCGCCACUGCGAUCAAGCCCGGC